GCUGUAGAGCGAGUUUAUAGAAUUCCCAGCCAGCACAACGUUCGCGGACUUCGACAGAGAAGGUUGCCUCAUUUCAUGUGCAAAACGAACGUCGAAGCUCUAAGUGGCCCAGUACUAGAGAAAAAAAAAAACGAAAUAAAUAAACAACAGCGGAAUUCGCGAGAAAUUGAAAUUUAAAGAGUAACACGCGCCAAUCGAUUUGCCAACACCCAAAACAUUUUUUCAAAAUGUUGUCAUACAACAGCAUCAGCACUCCAACUACACCCAGCCCCAAUCCCAGCAAUGGCAUUAGAGUGGGUGCUUCUACUUCAGCAGUAAUUAACAAUAGUUUGCAAUCAACACCAUCAGUCCCCAAGGAAGUUGCAGAGAUACGUCUCAAUUUGGCCAACGAUUGGAAAGUGUUGCGCUCUGUCCACCAAAUGUUGGUGGAUGAGAAAGCAUUUUGUGCCAAUCCCGAUGAAUGGCAUGAGAAAAUUGUGAAUUUUGUGCAGCCAGAGGAAUUGAAGAAAUUGAUUGAUUUAAAAAUCGAAGAAAAUCAAAAGUAUUCACUGGAAGAGAUACAAAAGAUAUGCCAGCAAGUGAUCAAGUAUUCGGUGAAGACAAGUCAUGGACGUUUUCACAAUCAAUUGUUUGGACAAAUGGAUCCUUAUGGUUUGGCUGGCAGUUGGAUAACGGAGGCCCUCAACACAAGUGCUUACACAUUUGAAGUGGCGCCAGUGUUCUCAUUGGUUGAGACCGAGGUGGUGCGUAAAGUAUGCGAAUUAUGCGGCUAUGGUCAAGGUGAUGGCAUAUUCUCGCCCGGUGGAUCAAUAUCAAAUAUGUAUGGUGUAGUCUUGGCUCGCUAUCGAAGUUUCCCCAACAUCAAGUCUUCUGGCAUGUUUGGCAUGCCGCCUUUGGUUUUGUUUACCUCUGAGGAAUCCCACUACAGCUUCAAAAAAGCUGCCCAUUGGCUGGGCUUUGGUGUUGAUAAUUGCGUGAUAGUCAAAACCAAUGCCAAGGGACAAAUGCUUCCUGAAGAUUUGGAAAUUAAGAUUAUCGAGGCCCAGGGUCAGGGCAAGAUACCGUUGUUUGUCAAUGCCACAGCGGGAACCACAGUUUUGGGAGCUUUUGAUGAUUUCAAUCGUAUUGCCGAUGUGUGCCAGCGAUAUGGUCUUUGGAUGCAUGUAGAUGCUUGUCUGGGAGGUUCAGCAUUGCUCUCCUACAAAUAUCGCAACCUACUUAAGGGUCUAGAACGUUCGGAUUCCUUUUCCUGGAAUCCCCAUAAAUCUUUGGGAACUCCAUUGCAAUGUGCCCUCUUUUUGACACGUCAUGCCGAACUUUUGCCGCAGGCCAAUAGCACGGCCGUGCAUUAUCUCUUCCAGCAGGAUAAGUUCUAUGAUAUCAGCUACGAUACAGGCAAUAAGAGCAUACAAUGUGGUCGCAAAAUUGAUGCCUUUAAAUUUUGGAUCAUGCUUAAGGCUAGAGGUUAUGGCAGUUUUGGACGUUUAGUGGAUCAUGCCUUGGAUAUGUCCAAAGUGUUUAUGGACAAGCUGAGGCAAAGGCCCGGAUUCCGUUUAGUAUUGGAUGAUUAUCAGUAUGGCAAUGUGUGUUUCUGGUAUGUGCCCAAGGCAAUGAGAGAACAAACAGAGGAUGACAAAUGGCGGCAAAAGCUUUAUGAGGUGGCUCCCAAAGUCAAAGAGCUUAUGAUUCGUCAGGGUACCCUUAUGUUGGGCUAUUCACCUUUGCAGUAUCGUAAUAUUGGUAACUUCUUCCGCAUGGUCUUCACCUGCUUCCCCAUUAUGGAUGAAUCAGAAUUGGAUUUCAUUUUGAAUGAGAUCGAAAGAUUGGGCGAUUGUACUAGUCUAUCAAAUGGAUGUCUUUGAAAGGCUUCUUUCCCCCCUUAUGUAGUUCAAACAAAUCACAUAUUCAGCCAUUUUGUUUACCUUAGUUUUAAGAUAGUCAUACUUAAAUUUAGGCUAUAAGAACUUUUAUACGUAUUACCACAGAUUUAAUUUUAAAUAAAAUUUAUUAUUAAUUGAAA